AGGUGGGGUUUUCGAUCUGAGAGGUAAUACGACUUGUGCUGCCUUCGAGGAACUUCGCCCCCUUUGCUGAUCAGCAAAAGACAAUCUGUUCCUGAGUUGAGUUGAGUAUUUUCAUUCAAAGUUCGGUUGCAUUCCCUGAUAUGAGUUGCCUGAAACUCAUCCCGACCCCGCCCACUCAAUCAGUGUUUAUUGAAAAAUCCUGUGAAGGGUCCCAAAAAUCAUCUGGGGAGUUUACACGCGUGCCAGUUGGAUGUGGAUGAAAUCAACUCUUCUGGUGGAGAAAUGGCCAGCAUAGAAGUUUUAACGAGUCGGUUUAACUCGUAUGACGUCAUGUACAGCGGUGAUUUACGGGAGCAAAGCUUUGCCGACUGGCCCUUUCGAGAAGAUUGCAACUGCACACCUGAGAAGAUGGCCAAAGCUGGCUUUGUGCACUGUCCCGGUGACAAUGAGCCUGAUGUGGUUUGCUGCUUCUUCUGUCUUAUUGAGCUGGAGGGCUGGGAGCCUGACGAUGACCCCUGGUUCGAGCACAUAAAACGCUCACCUAAGUGUGCAUUCCUCCACCUGAAGAGAGACUUCCCUGAACUGACAUUGGCUGAGAUGUUCCACUUGGAGAGUGAGAGGGUCAAGAUCUUUGUUAGAAAAGUUUGCCACAAGAAGAUGGCACAUAUGCGGGAUGCGGUGGACGAGGCCCUUAAAGGUUUUCGAUCGCAAUUGGAUUCCAUAUGACCAUGGUCGGAUUGUGAUUUUUAUUUAUUUUUGAAAUGUUACAACUGCAUGUCAUGAAUGAUGUAUAAUGUUUCACAUAUAAAUAAAUGUUUUAUGGUUGAGGUA